GAUGCCAACCAUUUAUUCUCUGGAGUCUGGGAAACAAUUUUCACGCCGUGGACCCUGCUAAUUUCAUCAGUUUCUGGGAUCCGUUUUAUCAAGAAUAUGCUUCUAGUCGAGGAUGAAAAGUACUGUCUUUGAGUGCUCUUUUCAUGGCGUGCAGGUUUAAUUAUUUGCUUUGAUGACCAACUGAAGAGGUAAAGUUUAUAGCUUUUUGAGGGGAACAAGAUUCUCUAUUUUGCAGUUCAUACAGUACAAGAUUAUGAACAAAUUUAGCGGAAAAAGGGUAUGCAACAGGAAAAAGGGUAUGCAAUUUCUUUAGAUUAAUGGGUUGUGGUUCAUAGAAACCUCCGUUCUUCAGAUAUUUUAAAGGUCCUUUAGGAAAAGCUGGAACUGGGUUUUACCCUCAGUUUUGGGGAUGGUGAUUUCCCCUUUGUAUCUAGGGUAAUCAAGUUGCUUUUACCAAUCAAUUAGUAUGAGGCUAGAGGGUGGAAGGUGAGCUGAAAUUGUUUGAGCUUGGGUGUUUAGCAUAUUUUCUUUGUCCACUGAUCCCAAGUAGCAGCUUUACUCUUUUCAAUUUUUAUUUGUCUGUUUAAUUAUCCAAACAGAUUCAGCUAGUUUUAGUUCAAUAAAUUUCAUCGAUGUCGGAGAAGGGUGUCCUUCCAUCUAGGUUCCUCUUCUAUAUAAUUACCAUUUCAAUGUUUCUUCUGAUCCUUUCUUCUGUGUUCCUUCUUCAGUUUAGCAAUACAUCAUUCAUUCCCCGGUCAGUUUUCAAACUAAUUCUUCUCAAUAACACAUCAGCUUACCUAAAAUCCAAUGCUAAAGGUGAACAAAUAAGAUUUCCUUUCUUCUCAUCUGAAAAUUCACAAGUUUCUGCUGAAAUACCAAACAGUUGUGAAGGGUUGUCAUGCAAGAAUUCCAACUCAGGAAAAGAAAUGUUUGCUCCUUGGCAGCAGAAAAUGAAAUCCUGCAGCACAAAUUGGGCUCCUUUAAGGGUAUAUAUGUAUGACCUACCUUUUGAAUUUCAUUUUGGGUUGUUGGGUGGGAAGAGAAAGCCAACUGAGACCUGGCCAAAUGUGAAUGACCCAAGUAGUAUCCCACAGUACCCUGGAGGAUUGAAUUUACAGCACAGCAUGGAGUAUUGGCUCACCCUUGAUCUUCUAGCUUCAGAAACGUCAGCAGCAGCGAGACCAUGUGGUGCAAUUAGGGUGAAGAAUUCAAGUCAAGCAGAUGUAUUUUUUGUGCCAUUCUUCUCAUCUCUAAGUUACAACCGGCAUUCUAAGCUCAAAGGAAAUGAAAAAGUUAGUGUUAACAAAAAGUUGCAAAAUAAAUUAGUGCAGUUUUUGAUGACUCAGGAGGAAUGGAAUCGAUUUGGUGGGAAGGAUCAUGUGAUAGUUGCUCACCAUCCAAAUAGCAUGUUGGAUGCCAGAAAGAAAUUGGGUUCUGCGAUGUUUAUUCUUGCAGAUUUUGGGAGAUACCCUCCUGCAAUCGCAAAUCUUGAGAAGGAUAUAAUUGCUCCUUAUAAGCAUGUUGUGAGUACCAUCCCUAAUGCUGAUUCGGCUCCAUAUGAGAAGAGGCCUACAUUAGUCUAUUUCCAGGGAGCUAUAUAUAGGAAAGAUGGAGGAGUCAUUCGUCAAGAACUGUAUUACCUUCUCAAGGAUGAGAGUGAUGUGCACUUCUCAUUUGGAUCCGCUCAGGGAAAUGGUGUCAAGCAGGCAGGCCUAGGGAUGGCCUCAUCCAAAUUCUGCCUCAAUAUUGCUGGGGAUACCCCUUCUUCAAAUCGCCUAUUUGAUGCUAUUGUCAGCCAUUGUGUUCCUGUAAUUGUAAGUGAUGAGAUUGAGCUACCAUUUGAAGAUGUCUUGGACUACUCAGAAUUUUGCAUAUUUGUCCGUGCAUCUGAUGCUGUGAAGAAGGAUUACCUACUAAACCUUCUACGGGGUAUCAAUAAAGACAAGUGGACCAAAAUGUGGGAAAAAUUGAAGGAGAUUGUACGUCACUUUCACUAUCAAUACCCAUCACAGCCUUGUGAUGCAGUGAACAUGAUUUGGGGAGCGGUUUCACGUAAGGUUACUUCCGUACAAUUCCAACUUCAUAGGGAGAACAGAUACCACAGAUCAGAGGAAUGGAAAAACAACAGACAAGCAGAUAAGAGUUCAACAUAGUUUUUUGACGUUACAUUCCUGGGAGACACAAGCUUCAUUUCCCUGAAGAUCUCUAAGGCCUUUUUGCAUUGGUUCUACUUACCCUGCUUGUAUCAUUCAAAUCAUUUAUAGGUCUAUAUUUCUUAUAAGAAUGCAUUGUUGAGUUUAAAUUUUAGACAAACAAGUUCAUUGUCCUUUUCUUUGCUUCCUGAAUAUAUCCAAGGAAAACUG